UUCGAAGUUCAGCUAUUUUUGCAAUAUUUUAUUUAUGCCCUUUCUCGCGUUGCCAAUAACAUUUAAUAUUAAAUAAAUUCUUUAAAAUUUUACAAAAAAGUUAUGUUUUUUACUUAAAUAAUCAACAAAUUAUUAACAAAUAUAAACAAAAUGUUAUGUAAAGCAUGUAAACGCAUAGCUCAACCUUCCGAAAUUGAAGAUUGCUUUGAAAAAGCUAUUGAUAUAAUAAAACACCAUUAUACUUUUUAUAAAAAUGCCCUACAACAACGUGACUUAGAAUUGCAACAAAUCAAGGAACGCAAUGAGAAACUUAACAAAGCUCUACAACUCCUACAAAAGAAUCAUCAACAGCAACAACAACAACCUGCCAAACGUUUUAAGUCUCAACAUAGUGAUGAUUCCUGGUUGGGUAAUAAUUCUUCACAGGAAGACCGUGUUACCUCAGAUCUUAGUCUAACCGAUGACGAACCUAUGGGUGCUUCCAAUCUAAAUAUGGCUCUUAAUAGCGAACAACUAUUUGAGACGUCUGCUUUAAGUCAAUCAAAAAAUGAUGUUAGCAUAACAACAUCAUCGGAAAUGGUGCCAAGUCCACGUGUAAAAGAGUCACCCAAGAGAAAUAAACAACGGGACUCAAUGCGUUGUUUGAAGGUUCACAAUAAGUCUGUGGAGAGAUCAAAAUCAGAAUGGCAUACCAAAGAUCGUAAAAGUCAGCGGAAAAACUCAUGGACCAUGAAAUUUUUACAACCGGAAAAAAUGAAAGCCACAGAGGAUAAAACUAAUGCGGAUGCAAAAAAAGCGACAGCCGAUAAGAGAUUAUGUUUGUCUUUGAGAAAACCAAAUCCCAGCAAAGUGAAACAGUCGCUGUUAAAUUUUAGUACAUCUAAAGAUGGAAGUUUUCGGGAGUCCGAUGUAGGAGAAGAUAUAAUCGAUGCUAGCCCAGUAGUAGUAAAUAAAAACUCAAAAGCUGGACGCUCCUGGGCUCACAGAAGCGGCCACAAUCACAGCAACAACAACAACACAACAAUAAACCCAAUAGCAAACGUAACAACAAACAAAAAAGAUGAUAAGCACGAUAUCGAUAAAACCCUAGAUGAUAUAGUCUUUGACUUUUCACCUUCGAAAAAGCCUGAUUCAACUUUGGAACUUAAUUCCUCUAAAGACUUACAACCUAAACAAUUGAAAUUUGAUAAUGAAAUCUCUACAGAUUGUACUGCCUUACCUAACGAUCCAAUGAGCAUUUCAACCAUUAAAAGUGAUACAUCAAGUGUGGUGAUACUAACGCCUGGUACACAGGACAUAAUAUUUGUAGAUGAUUGUAGUGAUGUUGAGCAUGAAAUUGAUACUAUGGACUUAUUGGCUAGCACAGAUAAUUUGGAGAAACUAAAGAAAUAUGAAAGUAAAUACAUACAAAAACAACAAACUAAGGACAUGGAAGGAUUUAAAAAGCCACAGGAUAAACUUCAAUGUAAUAAGGAAAUAAAACCUUUAAAUAAAAUUAAACAAGAAAAAAUAACACAAGAAUUAAAGACUGCCACAGAUAUAAAAAAAGAAGAGAAACCAGGUUGUAGUACAAGUAUAAAAGCACAAAAUCCUUUAUUAGAUGAAUUAGAUACAGACGAUGAAGAAGACUUUAUGCCUAAACCUUUUAUAAUAAAACAAGAAAAGGAUGUUGCGCCAACAACAAAGAAAUUAACCAUAAAACAACGCUUCAACAUAGACUGUGAAGAAUGCGAAAAAUUAAUCAACUUUUUAGAUAAAGGUUUAACCGAUGUACAAAUUCAACAGCAUUUAGAAAAGUCUCAUCAACGUCACUAUAACGAUAUUAUGCGUCAAAAUACCCCCAAAGAUUUUUGGAAUCCUUUCAUAUUAUCCUUUCAGGCUGAUGAUCCUAGGAAUGAGGUGUUAAUCGAUAAUCGUUUCAAGGAUAAGAAGUAAACAAACAACCAAGUAAGGCUUAAUUAUUAAUUAAAACUAUAUUUAUUUUA